AUGGCGAAUAAACAUUUGAAGGAUUAUGCAGUGUCUUAUACAAGAGGGCCAAGAUUCAGUAUCUCCGUACCUACAGUUGAGGCCAAUCAAUUUGAAUUGAAGCCAUCUUUUAUUUCUAUGGUUCAACAACACCAGUAUGGUGGUGGUCCGAUGGAUGAUCCAAAUCAUCAUCUUGAUAACUUCAAUGACUUAUGUAGCAUGAUGCACAUCAAUGGAGAUCGCCAGAAGAGUUAUGCUGAUCGGAGACGCAGACCACUAGAGUUCUCUGUUGGCGACCAUGUAUUUCUGCGAGUUUCACCCACGAAAGGGGUGAAGAGAUUUGGCCUCAGAGGUAAGCUGGCUCCGCGGUACAUUGGUCCUUUCGAGAUCUUGGAGAGGAUCGGAGCAGUAGCUUACCGACUGGCACUACCACCGUCCCUGUCAGGCGUUCACGAUGUAUUUCACGUAUCCAUGCUGAGGAGAUACGUGCCUGAUCCGACACAUGUGCUGGCAGAUAUUCCAGUUCCAGUUCAGCCUGACAUUACCUAUGAGGAGGUUCCGGUACGGAUUCUCGACCGGAAAGAGCGUCAGUUGCGGAACAAGACUAUCCGGCUGGUUAAAGUCGGAUGGCAACAUCAUUCAGACGAGGAGGCUACUUGGGAGCUCGAGGAUACGAUCCGAGCUCGAUAUCCCCAU